UUUACAGGUUUAAACAUUCAGAAGAGAAAGAAUUGGAAGUAUCAAUGUGACAGUUGCAAGAAAGAAUUCGUUUCGAACAAUGGGUUAAAAUAUCAUCGAAGGAUUCACACUGGCCAAGGGCUCGUCACUUGCCAAUACUGUAGUCGUCAGUUUACACAAUCCUGUAAUCUACUUGACCACGUCAAGACUCACACCGGAGAGAAACCGUUUGUCUGUGAACACUGCAAACAACGUUUUACACUAAAAGGAAAUCUGAUUCGACAUCUCCGAACUCACACGGGGGAGAAGCCAUUCUCUUGCGACCAUUGCAAACGAAGUUUUACACUAAAACAUCAUCUGAUAGGACAUCUUCGUUUUCACACCGGAGAGAAACCAUUCUCGUGUAAUCAUUGCUUACAAAAAUUUCGUGUUAAAGCUUCUUUAAAGUAUCAUAUUAUUAAACAUCAUAAUAGUAACGAACAAUUACAUUCGGAAAAUGCCGAUCUUGCCUUAGAAAAUCCCGAUCUAUUCGGUGGCGAUAUUAUUGGAGAUUUCGAUGAUUCGAGGAAUGCUGUUCGAUUUAAUAUUCUUUUGUGGCCCGGAGGAAUCAUACCAUACGUAAUUGACGAAGAACUUCGAAAUUCUAAAAAAUCUAGACGGGUAAUAAUGAAAGCCAUGAAGACUUUCCAGAUGAAAUCGCAGUUCGUUAUGCUUGGGCCAAAUCAAAUGAGAAUUUUAAAUGAAUUUGAUUAUUAUUCCAUAAUGCUCUAUGGAGGAAGAGCUUUCUCAAAGGAUAGGCACAGUCAAACUAUGGUAGCUUUAAAACCAGCAAUAAAGAGAAGAGAAACAAAUGAAGAAUUGUUUCCAGGAAAAAGUUUAAACAAUCAGAAGUCAAGAAAUGGGAAGAAUCGAUGUGGCACUUGCGAGAAAGAAUUCGUUUCGAAAACUGGGUUAAAAUAUCAUCGAAGGAUUCACACUGGAGAGAAACCCUUUGCCUGUGAUCAUUGCAAACAACGUUUUGCACAUAAAGGAGAUCUGAUUCGACAUCUCCGAAGUCACACGGGGGAGAAGCCAUUCUCUUGCGACCAUUGCAAACGAAGUUUUACGCAACAACCUAAUCUGAUACGACAUCUUCGUCUUCACACCGGAGAGAAACCCUUUGCCUGUGAUCAUUGCAAACAACGUUUUACACAAAAAGGAAAUCUGAUUCGACAUCUCCGAAGUCACACAGGGGAGAAGCCAUUCUCUUGCGACCAUUGCAAACGAAGUUUUACGCAAAAAUCUGAUCUGAUAAGACAUCUUCGUCUUCACACCGGAGAGAAACCAUUUUCGUGUAAUCAUUGCUCAGAAAAAUUUCGUUUUAAACCUUCUUUAAAGUAUCAUAUUAUGAAACAUCAUAAUAGUAAUGAACCGCACGACGAAACGAAUGGAAGCUUAAGGAAUUCUCGUCCACACAGAUGGAAAAAAGAAACCUCGUUGACGAUUUCACUAGAAAGAAAAAAGGAAGAUUUUUUACAAAGCAGAAGAAGAGAUUUCUCGGGUUCAUUAAAUAAUCAAGAGCAUUUUUGUGUACAAAAUGAAGAAUUCUUUCCGGGAAAACACAAGAAGAGUCGAAGGAUGUGUUCGACUUUUGUUGUUAACAUUAAAGCCAGUGUUAAGAAAUCAUACAAGAAUACAUCAACAAAGAAACCGUCUUUCGUGCAAGUGAAGAAAAAGAGAGAAAUCUACGAAGAUAUUUUAAAAUUAUUUUCGGAAUAUUUGUUUGUUUUUAUUUUUGCAAAAUACACUCCAUUUAUAUUGUUUUCAGAAAGUUUAAACAUUCAGAAGGGAAAGAAUGGGAAGUAUCAAUGUGACAGUUGCAAGAAAGAAUUCGUUUCGAAGUAUAAUUUAAAAUAUCAUCAGAGGAUUCACACUGGAGAAGGACUCUUGUCUUGCCAAUACUGUAAUCGUCAGUUUAUCCAUUUCAACAAUCUACGGGACCACGUCAAGACUCACACCGGAGAGAAACCCUUUGCCUGUGGUCAUUGCAAACAACGUUUUACACAAAAAGGAAAUCUGAUUCGACAUCUCCGAAUUCACACGGGGGAGAAGCCAUUCUCUUGCGACCAUUGCAAACGAAGUUUUACACUAAAACAUCAUCUGAUAGAACAUCUUCGUCUUCACACCGGAGAGAAAUCCUUUAUUUGUGAUCAUUGCCAACAACGGUUUGCACAUAAAGGAAAUCUGGUUGCACAUCUUCGAAUUCACACAGGGGAGAGGCCUUUCUCAUGUGACCAUUGCAAACGAAGUUUUACGCGAAAACAUCAUCUGAUAGGACAUCUUCGUCUUCACUCCGGAGAAAAGCCGUUUUCGUGUAAUUAUUGCUCAGAAAAGUUUCAUUUUAAAUGUUCUUUAAAGUAUCAUAUUAUUAAACAUCAUAAUAGUAAUGAAUAAUGACUUUUAUGGAAAUGAUUUUAGUACAUUUCUUCGAAAAAUAUGUAAUACUCGUAUUUUAGAUUGUAUUAAACAUGAAACAAGAAGUUUCUAAACUGAUUUUCUUCGUUUUGUAAUUUUCAUUUUGUGCAUAAAACAAUUGAUUUAUGUACC